GUGCAGCGCCCGUCCGAGCGCUUUUUUGGCGGAGGCGGGGAGGCGAGGCGAGCUCCUCGUCGUUCUUCCCCUGAAGCAUUAUGUAACGCGACCGAGAACAGGAGAAGCUCCAGCUCUGCUCCACCCGUUCUGGCCGCGCCAUGAGCCAAGAGGAGCCGCGUCCCGCGCAGGGGAACCUCAACGAGCUGCCCGACGACUCGCCCCUAGUGAGAGACGCCGUGGCCGCGCUGAGGCGGAGAGCCCAGGCGGAGAGCCAACAGCCCGCGCAGCUGGACCUUUCCCACGCCCACCUGGUCCGCUUCUUGCGCGCGCGGGACUUCGACGACGACCUGGCGUGGAAGCUUUUUAAAAACUAUCACAAGUGGAGAGCUGAAUGCCCCGAAAUAAGUGCAGAUCUACGGCCUUACUCUGUUCUCAGCCUCUUGCAUGCUGGUUACCAUGGAGUUUUGAAAGAGAGGGACCCAACUGGCAGUAAAGUUAUCGUUUAUAGAAUUGCACGAUGGGACCCAAAAACAUUUACAGCAUUUGAUGUGUUUCGUGUAAGUCUCAUUACAUCAGAGCUUAUUGUAAGGGAAAUAGACACACAGCGGAAUGGAGUCAAGGUUAUCUUUGAUCUCCAAGGAUGGAGAAUUGCCCAUGCAUUUCAGAUCUCUCCAACAGUGGCCAAGAGAGUAGCUGCUGUGCUCACAGAUUCCUUUCCACUAAAAGUUCGUGGUAUCCACUUGAUCAAUGAGCCUUUGUUUUUUCGCCCUGUCUUUACUCUAAUUAAGCCCUUCCUCUCUGAAAAAAUCAAGGCACGGAUCCACAUGCAUGGGGAUAGCUAUGCACAGAGUCUUCAACAACACUUUCCAGCCAACAUUCUACCAGAAGAAUAUUGCGGUGAGGCAGUCUCCAUGGAAGAACUUUCCAAGGAAUGGACUGAAUACAUAAUGGAAUCUGCAAGUUAUUUACGAAGUAUUUCUCUGCUUGUAUAAUACAUUAACAAGUAGCAAUUCUUUUCUGGGAGGACCAUAAUUAUUUUAUUAUUAAACAAGAAGAGAUAGUGAUGAAGCUAAUUCCUUGAUUCAAAGGCCAAGGUAGUUUCCAAUUGAUUUUAAUGCAGGUUAGCCCAGCCUCUGCAAAUAACAGCUAAGCAAACAACUACAUGCAUAG